AUGUCGUGUCAAGUCUUUUCAAAUGGUGAUGCAGUUGCAUGGUUUUGGAAAUUUGCUUUUGGGUACGGUUACCAACACUCCCUCUAUUCCCACCAUAACUUCUCCUCAACCCUUCGGUUUCUUCCCUCUCACACCACUAUCUCUCCUUCAUCAAAGACAUCAUUUUUAACCAAAAUGAGGAAGAAAGUUAUUGCAAAAAGGGCUCCUCGUGAGAAGAUAUACAAACUACCCACAAAGCCUUCCACUCGCUCUCAAGACCGAACCUUUACGCCCUCUCCUUCACCUCCAACCUCUCCUCCUCGUUGUGACCCCAUGGCUCGAACAAAAAAUACUCCAAGGUUUCCUGCUUCUGCCAAGCCAACGCCACCACCAAAAGUCACACCAUCCAAGACAGGUUCAUCGAAACCGAGUUCAUCCAAAGGGAAGCGACCUGCAGCACCAGAACCUCCACCUGAGUCCACACAACCAAAAUCUAGGUCUGUUCCUUCACGUUCUCAAAGAGGUAAAGCUCGAGUUCCUCUCUCAUCUGUUAGAGAACCAGAAGUUGAUCCUUUUGCUCACAAAUCACACUAUAUGACAUCUCACUCUGACUUUAACCCCCAUCGGUUCAAAUCUGCCAUGAACCACGAUUUCUGA